AUGGCCUGGCUGUGGCUCCUUCUCUGCAUCUGCUUCCAGAUCCCAGGUUUCUAUACAAAUCUACUUUUAUCCCAGACUCCAGGGCAUAUCUUAGCCCAAACUAACAAUAAAACAGAAAUCUCCUGUGACCUGAAGAAGGAGCACACCGGGGUGUACUGGUACCGCUGGCGCCAGGAGAUGCAAAAUUUUGAGUUCUUGCUGUUUUUCCAUCCGCUGGGCAAAGCCACGUACGGUGAAAACAUCAGCCACGACAAGUUUAGUGUCCACAGGGCGAGUUCCCACACCUCCUACAGACUGCACAUCAGCCAUCUCCAUGCCUCAGACAACGGCAUCUAUUACUGCUCCAUCUCCCAGUCCUACCAACUCCUCCUGGGCAGCAGGACACAGCUCAGUGUGGUUGAUGUUUUGCCUUUGCCUCUGAAGACCACUCAGGCACCGCUCCCCAAAAAGCCUGUGCGGUGCAUAACCAGAAGCAAAGCUGCCAGCAAGAAAGGUGCCUGCAGUCCCUUGCUCUGGGUCCCCCUGGCCGCCAGCAUCCUGAUUCUCCUGCUGAGCCUGGUCCCCACUGCCUACCGCUUCCACCGUCUGCGGCGGAGGCUGUGGCUUCGUGUCCACAGGCAGUAA